AUCUGCCCAUGUGUCUCUUCGUGGGUUGCUUGCUGCCAUGAGGGAUCUUCUUGAGUAUGUUGCCUGUUUCUUGGCCCUUUUCUCCACCGGGUUUUUGAUUGUGGCCACCUGGACAGACUGUUGGAUGGUGAACGCUGAUGACUCUCUAGAGGUGAGCACAAAAUGCCGAGGCCUCUGGUGGGAGUGUGUCACCAACGCUUUUGAUGGGAUACGAACCUGUGACGAGUAUGACUCCAUAUAUGCAGAACACCCCUUGAAGUUGGUGGCAACCCGGGCACUGAUGAUUACAGCGGACAUUCUUGCUGGCUUUGGAUUUAUCACCCUGCUCCUUGGGCUCGACUGUGUGAAGUUCCUACCUGGCGAGCCACACAUUAAAGUCCGCCUCUGCUUUGUUGCUGGGACCACACUGCUUAUUGCAGGUGCCCCUGGAAUCAUUGGUUCUGUGUGGUAUGCUGUGGAUGUUUAUGUCGAGCGUUCUUCUCUGAUUAUACACAAUAUAUUUCUUGGGAUCCAAUAUAAAUUUGGCUGGUCCUGCUGGCUUGGAAUGGCUGGGUCUCUGGGUUGCUUUUUAGCUGGAGGUCUCCUCACCUGCUGUUUGUACCUCUUUAAAGAUGUUGGACCUGAGAGGAACUAUCCUUAUGCCAUGAGGAAGCGCUAUUCCACUGCAGGUACUUCCAUGGCCAAGUCCUACAUGGCCCCUCGGACAGAGACAGCGAAAAUGUAUGCUGUAGACACCAGGGUGUAAAAUCGGCCAAAUGUCAAUCUGUGCUUUAUGUUAUUUAAUUAAUCAAUCAAUGUGUUCAAGUUAAUAAAAAUAACUGAUCAAUUUCGGAGUAUUUUGUUAACAUUUCAAAUUCAACUCAUUAAUUGCUGGGUCAAUCAAAAUACUUGAUUCUGCUGUCACAUCUUCUAUGAAUCUCUCUACUGUUGCCCCACAGGCACACUCUAUUUUGAGUUAAGGCUGAUAGAAUGUAGAAAUAUGUUUCAGAUAUCUUUAUUGCUUUUGAAGAUUAUGACGUGGUGAUAUUAAAGUGAAAUGAUGCUUCAGAAACACAAGGCAAUUUUAAACAGGUCCAAGGUUCUAAUUUUGAAAGGAUCGAGGAGCUCUUAGCUGUUCCUGACUCAAAGCACAGUUUUUAUAUUCUCAGGGAAUUCGUCAAUAACUUGAAGGAAGGUUAUUGUUCUAAAUUUAAACUUGUAUAGAUCAGAAUCUAACAUAUUCAAAUAUUAUUAAAAUGGAAGCAGAAAAUACCAGCGUCAUGUACUAGCCUCCAAUGGGAGCUGCAGAUGGGAGCUUCCCUUUCACAUUCUAAAUGUCAAUGGUAAAUGUUAAAUUGAUGUUGGAGUCAAGGGCAAUUUCUCCUCACUAAUGCAAGAGACCAGAGGAAAAUUUUCGUAGCACCCCAAAUCUGCCUAUACAUUGCCAAAUUAUGUUCGGUUGUAUAAUGACUUGACCAGGGAGUCAUUCACAUAUGGAUUGAACAUCCAAAAUGCACCACAUUAGAAUUCACCAGUGAAGAUGCCCAAUCAUUGCCAGAUGCUCAGAGUCCAGCUGCUAAAUAUUCAGUAUGUAACAAAAUGUAGAAAAUACGUAUUGAUUUUAAUAUUCUCAAGUUGUUCCUCCAAUCUACAGAAGAAAUUCCUCAUAAAAUAUAUGAGGUUUGUUUUGAGAAAGAUAAAAAAGAAUAAUAUAAACACCUAAAGAAGUCAGUGAAGGCUCUUAAAGAGAUGUAUGCAUAUUUACAACAUGAUAUAUUGAAUGUUUUUAAUCAUAAAGUUCUUUAAAGGCUAGAAAAUUUAAUAUCAAUUUUCCCAGUUUCUUCUCAUUCAAACAGAUAAUGUGAAUAUUCUUAUACUACCUUAAAAACUGUCAAACAAACUAAAAUUUAAUUCUUUGGGAAAGGAGAAAGGAAGUUGUGAGUUUCUGGACCCCUCCCCCCCAAAAAGUGCUUCUAACUCAGAAAACUAAGAGUAAUAUGAAAAUGAAAUGUCGGAACCCUACUGUGUUUGAUGAAUUCAUGGAGAUAUCUUAGAAUAUCCUCUUAAUGCUGGCUUCUGGAGUAAUUAUAAUCCAAUCUUACUACUAAGAACAGCUGGAUCCUCCUGCCUCACAGAUGUCAUUAAUGUUGUGGCAGACACAUAAAAAUCUGCAUGAUCAUCAUAUGGAUAUUAUUCUACACAUUUCCAAACCUUUUGCACUUUUUUUCCCUCUAACUUGCUUUUAAUUUUGAAUGUUAGUUGGGAAUGUUUUGAGCUUAAGCACACAUGCACUAAUUAGUUGACCUCUCCUCUUGACUAUGUAUGCCAUGUUCCUAUGCCCUUGAUUUUCCCACAGUAAUGAGCUACAGCCUAGAACUUGGAGCCAAAUAAACCCUCUAAUAAACUUCUUAAGUUGCUUUGGUUAGGAUGCUUUAUCACACCAUGAGAAAAUGAAACUAAGGUAUUAGGUGUCCUCCAUUACUCUAUCUUAUUGCACUAAAACAGGAUCUCUCACUGAACCUGAGCCUGGUAGCCAGAUAGCCUCAUCAAUCCUCCCAUCUCUGCCUCAUACCACAACCCUCCAGCACUGGGGAAACGGGCUUGAGACACCACUCCCAAUCUCUUACUUGGGUGUUGGGGAUCCAAACACAGGUUCUCAUGCUCAGCAAGUGUUUUUAGUCACUACAUGGUCCUUACAGGCCUUCAACCUUGUAUUUUUUUCCUUCUGCUUUAAUUUUGUCACAGUAUCUAUCACACUUUAGAUAGUGUAAUAAGAAUCUUACAGUUCUUCCAAGGAAAGACAAGAAAAUUAAAUAGUCCUCUAGAUUGUAAAUGGUUUUGAAUUUUAAAGAUUUCAUUUGUAUGAGACUAUUUCAGAGACUGGUUAUAUUUCAAAA